AUGGAAGAACUGACCCCCAUCGCAUCGCUGCAAUCACUGGUCUUGGACCUCCCGCCUAGCUGUGCUGAAUUCUGCCCCGCGCAUCCUGAGUAUUUGGUGGUGGGAACAUACAACUUGCAAAAGGACGACGCCGAGCCAGCACCGGCACAAGAGGAGGAUCAGAAUGAUAAUUCAGCAGCUCCCAAACCACAGAAUAGAAACGGCAGCCUCAUCGUUCUCAAGGUGAAGGGCGACGACGUAUCGAUAGUGCAGACCGUAAUGCAGCCGUCUGCUCUGCUGGACCUCCGCUUCUACCAGGAUGUGCCAGAGUAUCAGAACAUCUUGGCAGUGGUGUCCAGCACUGGAACCCUUGCCAUGUUCAAAUUCGACCCGCUCAGAGACGCCAGCGCGCCAUUGCAGCACUUGGCUACGAGCAGGUGUGAGGAUCUCGACGACGACGUCCUCUUUCUGCAGUGUAACUGGCAUCCGGUUGCGCGUAGGGUGAUUGGAGUCACCACCUCUACCGGAUUGGCCAGGAUGUUGUUACUGGAUGAUGAGUGGAAGAUAGCAAAAUCUGCCGAUGUGGACAUUCAGAACUCUCUCGAGGCUUGGUGCAUAGCUUUCUCCCCUACAAGCGCUUCAUCACAUGCAACGAACCAACCCAUCUCAGUCUACUGUGGUGGGGACGACUCCAUGCUUCGAUAUACGACCUGUCACUGGCAAGAGGAAGGGGAUCAAGAUGAGCCAUCGUCAACCCUAGACACGCCGUUUGGCUCCAUAACAGUGAAGGGGCAGCACGAUGCAGGAGUAACUGCAAUUUUACCCCUGUCGCUAUCAACUCAGGAUCAGGGUAGAAUAGUCGUCACUGGAAGCUACGAUGACCACUUGCGAGUCUUUGCCAUUCAUGAUCUUCAUCAUUCGUAUGGCCUAAAGCGCGUGCAACUGCUAGCGGACGCGAACCUUGGAGGCGGGGUGUGGAGGUUGAAGCUGGUGGAUAUCCGGACAGCGGGAGGCUCGACGAGGAUACGAAUCCUGGCAUCUUGCAUGUAUGCCGGAGCAAGGCUCGUUGAGAUCGUGGCAGACGCCAAUGGACAGGGUUGGGCCUGUGAGGUCUUGGCCCGAUUCGAACAGCACAAAAGCAUGAAUUAUGCUUCGGAUGUUGUGCCAUCGCCAGCAGAGGAUGGGAGGAUGCGCGUUGUCUCGACCAGCUUUUAUGAUAAGCUGCUCUGCCUGUGGGAGCAUGAGCCGCGGCAGUAA